CGCACACAAGCACCCCUCCGUUUCCACACAGUCUCCCGUCCGCUCGUGUUGUUUUUUAAACCUUUCAUUCAUUAAAGAGUCCCACACACUGAUAAGCACGAGACACCACUUUAAUUAUUAAAAUGAUCAAAACCCGCAGAGCGUCUUUGAAGGCAAAACAGCUGGACGUAACAGAUCUGUCAGAGGACAGCAGAGACCGCAUCCAAAUAAAGGGAUCCUGGAAGCCUGAUGUUUGCUUCAGGUCCAAAAACAUCAGAGAUGAGCUGGCGCAGGCUUUCAUGGACACAGAGAGCGAGGGCGAGUUCGAGGGUUUCUCUGCGGACGAGGCUGACUGGAGAAAACCGGUGUCUGACGUGGGUUUGGUUUUGCUGCAGGUGAAGGAGGGUCUGGGAGACGCUCGGCCCAAGCAGAGGAAGCGUCGCUCGCGGGAGUCCAUACGAAUGCCGGAGGACAUCACCGAAGAAGAGCUGCAGAACAUCGCCGACCGCGCUAAAGACAAAAUCCUGGAUAAAGAGAACGGCAGCACGUGUCACCAGUGCCGGCAGAAGACCCUCGACACCAAGACUGAGUGCAGGGGCCUGUACUGCGGUGGGGUCAAGGGUCAGUUCUGCGGCCCCUGUUUACGCAACCGCUACGGAGAAGACGUCCGCGCCGCGCUGCUGGAUCCUGCGUGGGAGUGUCCCAUCUGUCGAGGAGUGUGUAACUGCAGUCUGUGCCGCAAGCGGGAUGGACGCUGUGCCACCGGCGCUCUCACCAGACUCGCCAAAUUCUACGGACAUGACAACGUCCGGGACUAUCUGGAGAGUCUGCAGAAGGACGUGGAGUGAAGACGAUCAUCCGUGUGACACAGACGCAUCUGAUGGGAAUCAAACUGAUCCUCAUGUUUCACUCCUGACACUUUUAGAGUUGAGCAUGAAAACACUGAGAGUUUAAGGCAGUGUUCAGCACUGAUAUGCAAAUCAGUUGUUUCUUUUAUACUUCAUGAUGUUACACUGUGUUUUACUGAUUUUAUUUUUGUUUUAAUGAAUCAUACUGUUCUCUUGCUAAUUAAAGGCCGAGAUAUCAUGA